AGGUAGAGGGCAGCGACGCCAACCUUGCGAGAAUGUUCAGCCGGGACAGGGUUGCGUACACAGACUUGACCGUCAACUCUGCGUGCGAUGACCUCUUCCCGGGAGUCGAGGAUGUGGAUGCUCAGGCGACGCUGCAACUGCGAGCAGCGCUGGACGCGUUCGAGGAGGGCGUCUUUGAGUACCACAACCGCGCCUCACAGGCGGGGGAGGCGGACGCGGGUAAGCACUCGGCACGUGGCGGGGGGCAGCGCCGCACGCGGCGCGAGAAGAUUUACGCCUCGCGCAUCCCUGAGGACCGCCAAUUCUUCCGGCCGGUGGACCAGCAGAGCGCCGAGUGGGCCGCCUUCAAGCCGCACCUGUGGCUGCGGGGCCGCCGGAUACAUUCCGCGGACGCAGCAGCGCAUGCCGGCCAGCACCACCACCUGCACCACCACACGCCGGCAGGCGCGCCGCAGGCGCAGCAGCCUGCACUAGCAGCAUCUCCGGUGCACGCCGGCGCGGGGCUCCCGGCCGGGACCGCAGGCGCAGGUGCAGAUGCAGGUGCAGGUGCAGGCACAGGCGCUGGUCUGGAGCUGCGCGGCACCCGGGCAGUGCUUGCGCCGCCGCCGCCAGAGGCAGAGGACGCGGCGGACCCCGACCGCGAGUGUGUGCUGGUGGACCACGGCGACUUCGCUGAGUCGCUGGCGGUGCAGUGGGACGCCUGGGAGGCGGCGGCCACUCGCGGCGGCCCGCAGGCGCUGAGGCGGCGGCGCGGGCGGCCACGGGACGAGAAGGCGGUGGCGGUGGGGCUGCCGCCGGUGGAGCCGCGGAGCGCCAUCCUGUACGACGUGGCGGAGGAGCUGCUGCCGGACGUGUGGCAGCGCUUGGCGCCGCUGCUGGCGCCCCUCCUGGCACGGGUGGCGGAGGAGCGCAAAAAGCGGCCAGCCAGCAGCGCCGCCGCGGCCUUCCGGGGCGCCGGCGCCGGGGGUGGCGGUGGCGGCGGUCUGGGCGGCGGCAGCUUUGGUGGCGGCGACUUUGAGAUCCUCACAUUCAGCUCUGGGGAGGAGGCGGACGGCGCCGAUGGAUUCAUUGGCGGCGGCGGCAGUGACGGCUUUGCGCUGGGUGGCGGCAGCGGGCAGGGGUUCGGCGCAGGCGGCGGCGGAGGUAGCUUGGGCGGCUGGCCGCGGGAGGAGCUGGGCUCGGAUGAGGAGGCGGAGACCGCGGCGGCGCUUUUUGGGAGAGGCGGCGGGGCUGCGGGUGCAGGCGGCGGUGCGCGGCAGGGCGGCUUGGGGCAUCGGAGCGGCGGCGGUGCUGCCGGGCUUCCCAGUCGCCUCAGCGGCGCCGGCGCCGGAGGCGGUGGCGGCGGUGCCGGUUCCACGUGCAGUCGCGGUUUCCCGGAUUCGUACGGCGGCGGCAGUACGGAUGGCGGCGGCUACGACCACAGCGGGCCGUUUGGCACCCCCAUGUUCUCCUACGGCGCCCUGGCUGGCGGCGGCGGCCACAGCCCUCCGACGUCGCCGCCGUGCCUGGACUCGCCCGCGGGGCCGGCUUCGGCGGCACGCACGGCACCCAGCACCGCAGCUAGCGGCGCCAGCGUGGGGCGGUCACCGCCGCCGGGGCCGCCGCCAGUGCUGCCGCGCGACCAUGCAAUGCGGCCGCCGGGGUCGGCGGCAGCCCUGGCAGCGGCACUUGCAGACGCUGGCGGCAGCGGCGGCGGCCCCAGUGGCCCCUGCUCCGGCGGCUCCCUGGCUCCGGCCGUGAUGUCGCUCGCGCCGCUGCAGCGCGUGUCGGCGGGCCAGUCCUCAGCGCCGCUGCCGCUGCCGGCGCGCUCGCCCCUGGCGUCGCCGUCGCACCCGCACGCGCCUUCCCACAUACACACGCAGCCGUACUCGCACUCGCGCUCCCACUCGCUCUCGCAUUCGCUGGCACCACUGCCGCUGCCGCAGCACGCCGUGCUGCCGCCACCGCCGCCAAUGCUGUCAUUAGCAAUCGGCGGCGGCAGUGGCACGGGCGAGGGGCUGGGGCUUGUACCCGCUAAGGGCGCGUCUCGGUCGCCGUCAGGCGCCGCGGGCCCUGGUGGUGGUGGUGGCGGCGGCGGCGGUGGCGGCAUGCCGCGGCGCGUGCCGUCGCUGACGUUUGACGCCAUUUCAACACUACUGGUGUCGUCAGGCGUGGGGUCGCCCACGGGGGCGGCGGCUGCGGCUCAACAGCAGCAGCUCCAACAGGGGCAGGCGGGGGCGCCGGUGUCGUCAGCGGCGGCGUCUGUGGCGGUUGUGGCUGUGGGCACGCACCUCGCCGGCGGGCCCGGCGGCCUGGAGGUGAGCGGCAGAGGCAGCUCAAAGCCCGGCACCACCGGCACCAGCAGCAGCGCCGCUGCGGCAGGCGGCGGACCUGUCAAGUUCGCCGCAGGCGGCGGCGGCAGCGGCGGGAGCGGCGCGGGGCCCGCUGCGGUAUCAGCGGCGGCGUCCAGCCCAGGGGCCAAGGCGGUGGCUGCGCUGUCUCAGCACUCGCGCUUCCUCGGCGGCGGCGGCGGCGGUGGUGGCGGCGGUGCGGGUGGCCAUGUAGCUCCGUCUUCAACGGCCGCGGCCGCGGCGGCGAUGCUGCAGCGAGCCAACAGCGGCUCGGGGCCGGGGCUCAUGGCGUUGGCCGGUGGCGGUGGAGGAGCAGCCGGCGGGGGGGCUGGAAGCGGAGGCGGCGGGGGGUCGAAGAAGCUGCCCUCGCUGUCGCUGUCGAGGUCAACAACCGCCUCGGGUGGCGCGCCGCACGCAUGAGUCCGUGCGGCGGGGCCGGGUGCAGCAUAGGGAGGAGGGGACAGGACUGCCGUUCUCCAGGAGCGCCGUUUUGUCGCGUGCCGGUCCAUAAUAUUUGCUGUGCUCGUUGGGCGCACAUUGUUUGUGGUGUGCAUCGAGGUUAGGUUCGAUAUUUGCCGGACGCGCCACCUGGCCUGAGGCCUGAGGACUCGCUGGCUAGGCGUGUGUGUGUGUGUGUGUGUGUGUGUGCCUGGCCAGUGGCCAGCCUCCUGAAGGAGCUGCUGCGUCGGGGCUGCCGGCACCGGCCGAGGCCUCGGUGUCCUUCGGUGCCAAGUCACGGCCUGAAGGGGCGGCUCGACGUACGGUAGCCCGAGACUUAUCUGAUUCAAUGGACGUUACAGUGCCCUCCAGGGCCAUUCGCCAACGCCGCGCCAAUCAGGGGGGGGGGGUAAGAAUGCCGCAGACAUACCCCACCCUUCAAAUUGAAAGAGCUUGACGAGAGCGUUCAGAAUCCGCUUUCAGAAUUUUGAUCAGGGUAGUAAUUGCGGAGAUAUGGGCCCCCAAAGUUCAGGGUCGGUCGUCGGUCCCCACGGUCCCCAAGGUUUCGUCACGGUGUGCCGGAAACUUUCGUCUGGGCCUCAUAAGACAGCCGUGCAAGCCCAGACCGUUGCCCAAAGCAUGUAAUGGAUGCUUUUU